UUGGUUUUGUCGGAUAUGUUCCUUGCCCAUCAGAUGAACAUAACGCUGUCCUCACGCCGGAUUUAACAUGGCGGCGGGACCAAUUUCGGAGCGAAACCAAGAUGCCACCGUGUAUGUGGGUGGUCUGGAUGAGAAAGUGGCAGAGCCACUGCUGUGGGAGCUCUUCCUACAGGCUGGGCCUGUGGUCAACACUCACAUGCCCAAAGACAGAGUCACGGGACAACACCAAGGCUAUGGCUUUGUUGAGUUCCUCAGUGAAGAGGAUGCGGACUAUGCCAUCAAGAUUAUGAACAUGAUUAAACUAUACGGCAAGCCCAUCCGUGUCAACAAGGCCUCAGCGCACAACAAAAACCUGGAUGUGGGCGCAAACAUCUUCAUUGGUAACCUAGACCCGGAGAUUGACGAGAAACUCCUCUACGACACGUUCAGUGCCUUUGGGGUCAUACUGCAGACGCCCAAGAUCAUGCGUGACCCGGACACUGGCAACUCCAAGGGCUACGCCUUCAUCAACUUUGCCAGUUUUGACGCCUCUGACGCAGCCAUCGAGGCCAUGAACGGCCAGUACCUGUGCAACCGUCCCAUUACGGUGUCAUAUGCCUUCAAGAAGGACUCCAAGGGCGAGCGGCACGGCUCAGCCGCUGAACGCCUCCUAGCAGCACAAAACCCACUUUCGCAGGCCGAUCGGCCGCAUCAGCUAUUCGCAGACGCACCGCCUCCCCCCUCUGCCUCGACCCCUGUCCUCACCACCCUGGGAGCCGGGAUGCCCAUGCCUGGCAUGCCCCCUCCUGGUGCCUUCCCUCCUGUGCCACCCCCCGGAUCCAUGCCUCCUGGUAUGCCCCCUGGCAUGCCCCCAGCCCCAGGGACACCAGGACCCCAGGGAGGGGGCUCAGGCCCCCCACCUGGCCCACCACCCUUCCACCAGGGCAUGCACCCGGGAAUGCCCCAGAUGCCCAUGCAUCCUCAUGGCCAUCCCCCGGGUAUGGUGCCUCCACCGGGCCCCCCAGGAUCCAACCAGCACCGGGCACCUCCACCCCCCGGCAUGCCCCCUCAUCCACACAUGGGCAUGCCACCGAGAGGGCCCUAUGGGCAUCCCAUGGGUCACCCCAUGCAUCCAGGCAUGAGAGGACCCCCUCCUCCCAUGCCCCCACCAGGCUACGGUGGGGGUCCCCCUCGUCCACCUCCGUUUGGUUUCCAGAGGGGGCCUCCAAUGCCACCGAGGCCCCCCGGCGGCCCACCACGAGGUCCCAUGAGAGGACCAAUGCCCCCAUAGACUACGGAAAACCACAGCAAGGCGCAUGACCAUGCUUUCAUUUAGCUUUUUUUUGUUCUAUUCCAGAUGACAAUUUAGAGACAUAGUGUAGCUCCAUUCUUUUGUAUGUUUUUUUUCUUCACUGUACAGAUGCCAAACCUGCAAGGAAUAAAGGUUUUAAUACAACAAA